AUGGACGGUCGCCUGGUGGCUGAAGAGCAAGAGCGACGUCUAAAAAACGCCGUGGCGAGUCGAACGAAGGUGAUUCAAGAAGUCAACGGCUUGAUGCGACACCAACUGUGUAGUGCGAAUGGGCCUAACCUGGAUAAAGUGACGAAGACGUCGACUGACGUGGAACUUGAACCCGAUGACGUAGCUCUGUUCGAGGAAUAUUUACAGGAUAUGGACAUGGUAUACAAGCAGACAGACGAGGCUUUCGGAGCUUCAGGAGUCGAGGAGAACCCAACAACAUCAUACAAAGUGGAUCCAAUCUGGAAACAAGACGGAGAUCUAGAAUACUUUGAAAAUCUAGAUGUGUCGUUAAUUCCAUCAAGCUUCGAGAAAACGAGCAGGGCCAUGUGGCAAGCCCUGCUCCACGUUCAUAGUCAAAAAGACCGACGGCACUACGGCAGUGUCACUGAUCCGGACGAUACUAUCGCUGUGAAGUGUCUGAUCCCAUCGCCAACGGACACUAACGAACGUGUGGACAUGUUGAUCCACUUGGUACUGAAGAGGUUUAUAGAAGCGCACCGAAUGGUCAUCGUCUGGCGUGCCUUGACGGAGGGUGACGCCGAAUUUUCGGGCAUGCAUUCCGACGAGUAUGGGUGGUGUGUUGUGCGGCCAAUUAACGCAGUAGGCCACGGAGUUGCAACGACUGUUGUCCAAACAUUCACACGCUUCAUUCCAAUGACCAUCGCUACAAAAUUCAGUAAUAAGGCACAUGCAGAUCAAUUCGCCAAGACAAAGCCAUCCCGUAAUCAGUUUUCGACCCUUGACGUUGUCUUUCAUUUACUGUUCUUCAUCAUGGAGAUGAUCUCGGACGAAGCUUUCCUCAGAGACGUCGAUGGCUUCCUCACUUCAUGCGAAUCGCCAUUGUGCUCUCUUACGGACACUAACGAAUCAUCGGCCAAUAUUGAGCUUAAGAUUAGCCCAUCUUCUCCUCAAAAGAUCCCGGGUGUAAUGUCCAAGCGUGAGCUUGAAAGGGCAAAAGAUCGAGAGCGACGGAAAAUGUAUCGUGCACGUCGACGCUUGGAGCGGCAGAUCUUGGAGCGCCAGGUGAAAGAACUGUCCGGCCAGGUGUGGAGGCUGCAACACGCACGACAAGCAAAUUGCUCCUUGUCUGCAGUCACGUCGAAGGCAAUCGUGGAGGAGCAGCUGGAAGCACUUCAAGUAGCUCAGCUAAAGCAGAAGUGCCUGAAAGAUGCGGUAGAGUCUGGUUCUCGACUGAUUCAGGAGUUGCACCAGCAGGUGGACAGCGAAGAAUACCUGUCGAAUCAAGUGAACUUUGAUAAAGAAAAGCACGUCCUCCUUGGGAGCUCCGACGUGAAUAUCUUCAAGAUGUAUCUUUAA